AUCUUCACAUGAGCUGUUACACCUCAAUUCAGAAGUGCAUGUGUUGGUGUACGCCAACGUGUACUUUAUUAGUCAUAGGGGGGGCAUUUCACUUCUGUUCUCUUUUUGUUUUGUUUUAGUGUGAAUCAAUGGCUGUCUUGUACAUUGUGUAUUGUAUGGCGCUUACAUACCGAGAGAUCAAACCGGCUUGUUGUCUAACCAUUUCAUAUUUCUUCAACUUGCUAUAGUUCAAUAAUUUCCCCAUCUUUGAAAGCAAUUAUUCUUAAAACAAAUUUUGCUUUACAAAUACUUAGAGACAAGACUUCUCAAAUUGAGUUUAUGUUUACAUUAUGGCAGGGUCCAAUGUAUGUCGCUUAUGUAGAAGUAGCUGUAACGACAGUAUACGGCUGCGUGAUUCAAGCGGUCGAUGCAAUGGGGUUUAUAAUAUCACCAAAAAAUAUUUCAAUCCAAAGUAUCUAGACGUGGAACGUGGUUGCUCAACACCAAAUGCAGUGCUGUGCAUGGAAUGUUGGCGUCACAUAUCCGGUUUCAACAGUUUCCAACAGACAAUUCUGCUUUUGCUGGAUAAUCUUCACAAUGACGGAGGACAGCCCGAGGAAGAAAAUUUAACAUCACAAGAGUUUAUUAAUGCAAAUUCUUUAAAGGUGGAAGAACCUUCCGAUGUGAUUACUAUAGCAGAUGAUGCUGAUGAAAAUGAACCUAGCUCUUUUGAAGUAAAUUCGGUAGCCGGUUUUGGCGCAGGUCAAUUAGUCGUAACAGACUGUGCUGUACAAUUUUCGACUGACGUAGGGAAUAUUGAGCAAAAUGCUGCCGGCUCCAAUGGCAUUGAGUAUCCGGACGAAGUAGAUCCUCAAACCAGAGAGCCAUAUGAUAUCGAUGAUGAUUUCGAAGCGGCAGGUGGAGAUGUUUUUAUUGUGGAUGAGUUUGACAAUUGGGAACCGGAAGCAGCUGAUUCCGUAUCAAGUACGGAUGAUGGAAAUGGUGAGUUAGUGGAACUAAGAACCAGGUCAGAAUCUCCUGGAAACUCAUCGCCCUUUACCUCCUGGAAGGAUGUAAAAAAGAAAACAAAUUCAGAAAUCGAUGCAACUAUAGCCCAAUGGAAGCCACUAUUGACGUGCUAUGUUUGCUCAGCACAAUUUUCACAAUUUUGUGACGUUAGGACGCACUUUAAUCAGAAGCACCCCCAAAAGGAAUUUUACAUUUCAUGUUGUGGUCGCAAAAUCAAAUACCGCUUCCGCGUCGAGGAACAUGCCAUCUAUCACCUUAAUCCCCAGGCAUACCAAUGUAGUUUAUGUGGAAGAUGUUUUUCCGCAAAAUCCACAUUAGAGGCGCACGAGCAUUUUCAACAUUCCAUCAAAAAGAAGGAUUCCGCCAGUUCAUAUACUGCGAAAUGUACUGUUUGUCCAAAGACCUUUACAUAUCGUACCGGCGUUUACCACCAUAUGAAAGCAUACCAUCCCGAAGAGUUUGCCAAGCGAAAAACAAGAAAACGUAAUUAAUAAUUGUGUCUAGUUAGAAGAAUAAGUUCUUACUAGUUAUAAGAAUAGUCCGUACUUAGUGUAUUAAAAUAAAUAAUUUUAAAAAGAAUGGUCUCAUGCAACA